AGUUCUAAUUCGGAAACAAUAGAAACAUGAAGACUACUUCUAAAGCUUUGGUUCUAUUUUUUUUGGUAGUGGCGGCAGAGGCUAAUGUUAUUCAGAGCAAGAUAACUGCCCCAAAAUGGAACAACGGUUUAUCAGCGAAAGUCAACGACUAUGUCGAUGAGACUAUUUCAAUGAUAGGACCAUUUUUGCAACAAAAUGGCUUGGAUCCCAUGGAAUUGCCAGAAAUAGAAGAGGGUUUUGAAAUUAGAAUAGUAUUAAUCACAUACAGUGCAUGGCUGAAGCUCCACGAUGGACAGAUGACAGGACUUGUUAACGUCGCUCGCUCUGGAGAUCAGAAUGUCAACUAUUUCCAGAAAACCCUGCGCGUACGCGUACAAUUACGAUUCUCUGACCUUGAAUUCGCCUAUAGAUAUCUAGUUAAGGUGAUGAACAUAGGACCAACUGGUGGAAUUAUCGGAUCGCUUUCACACUUCGACAUUAUCGCUGACGUUUUGAUCGACUUCAAUACUGAUGAAAUUCAGUUACAACAGUUCUCCAUCGCCGAACGCGGACGCCUGCGUGUGCGACUCACUGGCAACAUAUUGUUUGACUGGCUACUAAAUCCACUGAUAACUAUAUUUACGACUCUCUUCAACGGUAUUAUAAUGAGUGUGGUAGAAUUAACCAUUCGCAAUGUGGCUCGUGGUGCCAUCGGUGCCAUUAACUCUAAUAUCCGUGAAGUUAUCGAUUUUAUUGAAUCGUUUUCUAAUAAUCAAAAUGUAUUAUUGUAAUUCAUAAAAUAAAAUAUGCAAA